UCUAAGAUAAAAGCGCACGUGGGUCUCGCUGAGGGAAAUAGAGGAAACGAAGAACCACACGAAGAAAUGGAGGAUAGAAGAGGCCUGGCUUCUUUUGCAUCAGCACAUAAUGAAGGUUAUAGAGAGAACAUCGUCUCAGACAUCACCCAGCUUGUAGGAUGGACACCAUUAAUAGAACUGAAAAAUAUAGCGAAAAAGGAAGCAGUUGAUGCUCGAUUGAUCGCUAAAAUGGAAUCCUACCAGCCUCUUUCUUCUGUAAAAGAUCGCGCUGCUCUCAGAAUGAUGGAGGAUGCUGAGGAGAAGGGUCUGAUUAAGCCUGGAAUCACAAAAUUAGUUGAAGGAACAAGUGGAAAUUUAGGGAUUAGUUUGGCUUAUAUAGCUGCGAGAAAAGGCUACAAGUUCAUUGGCGUCAUGCCUGCUCAUUUUUCACUUGAUAAAAGGAUGCUGUUGAGAUAUUUGGGCGCCGAUGUUUCAAUAACUGAUCCUAAACUUGGAUUUCAGGGACAGGUUGAUAGAAUUGAGCAGCUGAAAGAAACGGAUCCAAAUGUAUAUGUUCUUGAUCAGUUUACUAAUCCAGCAAAUCCUGAAGCACAUUUCACAUGCACCGGACCAGAGAUUUGGAAAGACACGGGGGGCAAAGUUGACAUCCUUGUAUGUGGUACUGGAUCAGGAGGUACAUUGACUGGUACUGGAAAAUAUCUCAAAAUGAAAAAUCCUGGUAUUAAGAUAAUUUGCGUUGAACCUGCAGAGAGUGCAGUCCUUUCAGGGGGUCAACCAGGGCCCCACAAUAUCCAAGGGAUGGGACCUGGUUUCGUUCCAAAGAAUGUGGAUAUGUCGCAUGUCGAUGAGAUCAUAACCGUAACCACAGAGGAAGCAAUGGUUCAUGCAAGAAGGAUUGCAAGAGAAGAAGGUUUGCUUGUGGGCAUAUCCUCAGGAGCAAACAUAACUGCAUGCUUAAAGGUUGCGAAGAGAGUUGAAAACAAAGAUAAGAUGAUCGUAACGAUGUUUUCAAGUGGAGGAGAAAGAUAUAUCAGCACACAGUUGUUUGAUGAGGCCAGGGACGAAUGCGCUAAUAUGUGCUUUUCAUAGAUUUUACAUAUUUGCACGAGAUGCUUUGUAUCAGAAUCUCAUUUUUUUCAUUUGAAAUCAAAAAAUGAUACUUGUGAUACUUUCGUUCAAGCUUAAAAACCAAGGUCUAGGGCGUAUGUACCUUUUGCGUAA